CUUAUGCUCAUUAGACACUGAAAUACGAUAUUUUUUUGGCAAAGGAUAAGCAUUCACAACAGUUCCUAGAAUCUAGAUUAUAAAAAUUGUAUUUUUGAUAAACAAAGCAGAGACAAAUACAAAUCUUUUUAAUUACAAGGAUUUUCUUCUAUAAUAUAAUGCAAGAAUUCCAGGCCUUCAAAAUUCCAAGUGUUCACUCUUUUCAGUUUUCCCUUUGAAAACCAAGAAAUGUUCUUUCAUUUUUCCCCCAUAGUUUUGUCUUCAUUUCAAAAGCCCUAAAACUAAGCUCAGUCGGGCCCCUUUCCUCAGUCGCUGUGAGUCGUGCUAUGGAUGCUUCAGGGAUUGGCAUCGACAUGAGAGCCUCCAUCCUCGUAUUACACACCGAGUUCUCUUACACACCACCGUCGAAGCUGCUUUGGGAUGCGUUCACCUGUCCGUGUGCAUGCGCUCACCGGGAAGCCGUGAAAUAAGCCGCUUUACCUCCCCGACAGGUUGUUUUUACUACAGGAACUGUGCACAAGCAUCCUCAUUCAUUCCCUGCAUUUCCCAUCCUACGUUUCUAGGGAGGUUCCUCCCGUUGAGAUAACUUUUCUCCAGCUUUGGCUGAUCCCGGAGCUCUGGUGCCAGCGCUCCCAGGAGCACGCUGGGUUUGGGAGACAUUACCUUCCCUGCAGGACGGUCCCCGCUUCGUCCGGGAAAACACACCCCGGCACGGCGGGUUGAAGGGAAAGGGCAGGAGAGAGCGACGGCUGCAGGGGGCUCUUCCCUCCCUGCCCUGGUGUGAGUGCCCCCGUCCCGCGGAGACGCAGCGCGGCUGCGGGUGCCGGGAGGGGAGCCGAGCUGCGUGGGGGGGAGGCAGAGCCGGGGGACUUCAGCGCGGCGCGGUCUCACCCCUCAAUCACUCCUCCCACAGUGAGCUGUGCCUCUUAACCCCCGGGAUCCUCCCUCCCGCCGAGCACUGCUCCGCUCUGCAGAACGCGAGUUGAUGACCGAAAAACGAAUUAGCGGCCGCGGACAGCCAUGAGCUGUCUGGAUGUUAUGUACCAAGUGUAUGGUCCUCCCCAGCCGUACUUCGCCGCAGCCUACAGCCCCUACCCGCAGAAACUCGCCUUGUACUCCAAAAUGCAAGAAGCCCCGGAGAGCGGCAGCAGCGCCGGCGCGAGCAGCUCCUUCUCCAGCCACGCCGCAGCCAGCAUCAAGGAGGAGGAGUGCAGCCCCGAGAAGGAGAGGCCCCCCGAGGCUGAGUACAUCAGCUCCCGGUGCGUCCUCUUCACCUACUUCCAAGGGGACAUCAGCGCAGUGGUGGACGAGCACUUCAGCCGGGCGCUCAGCCAGCCCAGCAGCUUCUCGCUCGGCAGCGCCAAGGCGACUCGGAACGCCGGCUCCUGGCGGGAUGGCUCCUUCCCGAUGAGCCAGCGCAGCUUCCCCCCGUCCUUCUGGAACAGCACCUACCAGCCCUCCUCGGUCCCCGUCACCCUUAGCAGCCCCCUGGCUGCCCACAGCGAGCUGCCCUUCACCACCGCGGACCCCUAUGCCCCAGCCUCCCUGCACGGCCACCUGCACCAGGGUGGCCCUGAGGCCUGGCAUCACGCUCACCACCACCACCACCACCAUCCCUACCUCGGGACGCAGAGCACAGCCUACCCCCGCCCCGCAGCCAUGCACGAGGUCUACGGCCCUCAUUUUGACCCUCGCUAUGGCUCCCUGCUGGUGCCCACCGCCUCCGUCCGCCCCCACCGCCUCACUCCCGCCGCCGUGCCCACACCAGUCAGCCCACCCUGCGAGCUGGGCAAGGGCGAGGCGGGCCCUGCUGCUGCCUGGACGACACCGGGACCCUUCCCCAAUGCGGCGGGAGACGUGGCACAGAGCCUCGGCCUCAACGUGGACGCAGGCAAGCAAGAGCAAUGUGUCACCCACUCAACAUUUCUGGAUCCCAAGACACGCUCUGAGGUUUGCAGCCUCAGGACAAAAGCAAGGAUCUGUACUGGUUUUAGAGCUGUCCUUCACUCUUCCUCCCCUGGCUCUCCCCUGUAGAUCUCUGCCUCUAGGCAUGGUGGCAUUCGGAGCUGAAGUCGGGUCAGUUUGUAACAGCUUCUGGUCUUGGUUUGCAGCUCGGCGUUACUCCUUCUGUGGUGGAUCCCUUCUGAGCUGACGAGCUGACUCAGAGCCUCCCAGACCCCCUUGCCCUUUUCCAAGCCUACCAUGGCCCUGCAGCUUGGGGACAGACAACGGGACUUAAAACAACUUGGCUUUGCAAGGAUGAACCUUUAGACUUAUUUUGGAGAGGAAAACCCUUCUGUUGAAAGAGGAGAGCCAAAGACCAUGAACUAUUUAAACAAACUCCACAGCCAGAACUGCAGUUGGACUAUUUUAAAAGAGUCAGAUGACAUCACAAACAGUGAUGAAAAACCACUGGCCUUCUUACAAGGGACAGAGGAAAUCAUGAUUAUUUCAGUGGUGUGAAUAUUUUUUUAUGGCAGUGAAAAUCAUUUCUUGAUUUCAACUUGGGAAAAACUAUUCAGCAGUUUUGAACUGGAUUCUUACUUUACAUUGCAGAAAAGUGAAAGGAGAAGAAACUGGAACUCACUAACAUUUUUGGACUACUGAGGAGCUAGUCAGAUUUUUCAGCAUUGUGGUUAUGAGUGGCAAGCGUCUAGCUUGGGCCACCUGCCUUGGGCUUACAGAAGUGCAGCUGUUCCACGGACAACUGUUCAAACUCCAGAAAUAUGAAAACCAAGGUGGCACUUGUCAGAAUUUGACAUAACAUUUGCAUUGAAUAUGUAAUGGUUGUUUGUUUUCUCUUUUUUUUUUUUUACAAGAAGCAUUUUAUGGUGAAAACAAAACCCUCUUAAAGAAGGGGGAGAAAGGAAACCCAGGAAAAACUGCUCACCCUCAACCUGAUAGCCUUUAAGGGGAACACCACAAGGAAAAGCACAUGUGGGACAAUAGGUCUGGGUUGCCUCUAACGCUUCCCUUUGUCUACUUGUUGCUGUCAUUUUGUCACUUUAAUAAUUGUCUUGUUUUGGUUUGAAAGGGGGAAUAAGAUAUCUAUUUGACGGUAGGAAAGCUGCAUUAAAGGUAUUCCUUCUUUCACCCUGCGUGUUUUUAUAGGGAAUUAAAAUUGAAAAAGAGAAAUGGGGCAGAUUAGAAACUUCAGGAUGGAAAAGGAGAAAAUAAAUACCUGUAGUGUGGAUGGAGUGAGUUAUUUUACUAGUUUGCAUUAAAGCUAACUAGGAAUCCUAGCAGCUGAAAAUAUAUUCUUAACGAGUAGAAAAUAUGGUGAUAUAUACAAAAGACAAGAAUAUGCAAUGUUGUGGCAAUGCUGCCUCUUAGCAUAGGGUGUCUCUGUAGGAUAGGCUGCAGAAAGGGUGGACCCCAUAGUAAGAGGCAUUUCUUCAUAAAGUUGUUAGAAGAGGGGACUAUAUUUUGCACUGUGCUAUUCUGCACUGUUACAUUAAAAUGUUAUUAUAGAGGGUCAAAUGACUAAUUAAACAGAAACAGCAAGUUUGCCCUAUGCUUGCAAGCUGACGCUUUUACAGGCAAAGCAUCAGAUCCCAUAACUACAGCGUUUCAUUUUGUUCUGUCUUUUCUUAAUGAAACAUCUUUAAUGGCAGACUAAGUUCAGUGCACGUGAGAGUCCUGACAUCAUCCUUCCGACACCAGGAGAAGCAGUAGGAAACAGACUUUUGUGCCGUGAUAGGGGAUUUUACAUUCUGAGACUUUGGCAAAAUGUUUCCAAAUGUGUUGGAAAUGGAGAACUUGUUGCUCCAAGUUCCAUCUCCACUAGAAGUACAUUUAAGGGGAAGAACAGGAGCAUUAACUGCAAGACAACAAUAAAGCAGUGAGAAUAAAUAUUGUGAGAAGCUGGCAAGGAGCUGCAUUGAAAUAAAAGAGGGCAGAACAUCCCUGGUCAGACCUGGGUAAAGGGCAGGAGGCGGCUUGCUGUGGCGCUUCAGCCGGACAAACCCACAAGCAUUUCAUCACAGCCCCCGGCUAGCUGGCAGGCUGGAAAGGGCAAGCAAACAGCUCCAGAUCUUGUAGUGCUGGUUAAACCACAAAUGUUCUAAGUCUUCUAUCAUGAAGGAAGACAGCAGCACUUAGCAGGAGAAAAAUAACUAAAAAUGGCUUUUAACUUUAUUGCUGCAGAGGCUUGAAGAUGGCAAGGUCAUUCUGUGAAGAGUCACCUGCACUUUCUUUAAGCUCUUUUUAAAGUUUAAGGGUUUUUUUCCCCUUUCCUUUCCUUUCCUUUCCUUUCCUUUCCUUUCCUUUCCUUUCCUUUCCUUUCCUUUCCUUUCCUUUCCUUUCCUUUCCUUUCCUUUCCUUUCCUUUC